AUGACAUUGCUUCAAAUCCAACCAGAUUCCUCCAAAUAUAGGGAUAGUAGGUUACUGGCACGGACCCUGAUGGGGUUAACUUAUGAAGCUAUUCCAAUAUCCCCAGAUACCUCAACAGAUGCUCCUCCUGUAGUUGUGAAGCUUCUCUCUAUAGCAACAGUGCCCAUCGGGUGCCGAGAGGAGUUGAUAGUGGAAUACCAGGCUUGUGCAAAGGCAAGCUGCUUUGCAUUAGCCCAAGUCAACUCAGUUAGCUUUGAUCCCGGAGCUGCCCUGAUUACAGUAGAAUCUCCUAUGUACCAUUGCUCUCUAGAGACUCUGGUUUCACAGACGGGCAGGGAAGGAUUGCCGCCUUCGCAAGCCUCUGAAAUACUGGCGCAAUUACUUACUGGACUCGUCUAUAUGCACGAUCCGAAUGAGACCGUAGGCCUGAUAAUUCAUAGGAAUUUACAACCACGCAACGUAUUACUGGACAAAGAUGGGUUUGUUUACAUAUCCGAUUUUGCGUUCUGUCGCGCCCUAACGGCGGUCUCUUUAAUGAGCCCAAGUUUUGGAGACAGGAGAUUCAUGUCCCCGGAAGGCAUACAGGACUUUCCACUGGAUGAGAAGACAGACAUAUGGUCCUUCGGUAGCCUUGCUGUGUAUAUGCUCACAGGGGCGCCUCCAGCAUUCCCUCCAAACCUCAGCAUGGAUCAAGACAAUAUAGCAGCGGCUGUUAGCGUUAUUAUUGAUGGCAUUCGGUCCAUGAUCCGUCCCACUUUGAACAACGAAAAAGAGGUUGUAAUGUUUGACUGCUUAUUAUCCACUAUUAGCUCGUGCUUAGCAUUCGAUCCUCUUGACAGACCAUCAGCAGCAGACCUGUGCAACGAGGAACCAUUUCUGACGACAAGAGCCCAUCUUCUAAAGAGGUUCCCACACAUCUUCAAGAAUACCCCAAGCUCUCUGUCUGCUAUUAGCCCGGAAGAAGGAUGUGAUAGGGUUAGAGAUGAGGGUAGCUCAUUGGAUGCCCUAAAACAGGCGAUCAUUGACAACAGUCUUGUUCGAGUCAGGAGGUACAUGGAUACAUUUGACCUGCAUGCGAGCCAAAUGAUGGAACUGGGAAUAGAGCACAAGAGCUAUCUAGUGCUGCCGAUGCUUUGCAGGCGCAUAGUGGAACGCAACCUCUGCGUCUCAGUGAAGAAGCGGAAAGGAGAGGUAGUAGCGGAGCGUACUAACUUGAUGAAAGCGGCGUGGGACGGGGACACAGAAGGAGUCAAGAAGUACUUGCACGAGGCCGGAAAGCUCUGGUAUGAUGACACAGCGCUUAUGCGCGCAGCAAGAGGAGGGAACCUGCACUGCGUUAAGCUUCUUCUCUGCGAGAUGGGGAUCCAGAACUCAGGAAUGAUGACCUCCCUUAUGUAUACGGCUCAAAAGGGCCACAUAGAGUGUCUAAAGUAUCUUUUGGCAGAAUCUAGAUACUGUGAUGGUCAGGAUGUUACUGCGCUCAUCAUAGCUGUUCGCGCCGGGUAUCCCGAGUGCGUGCGCUUGCUGAAGGAUCGCGAAAAUGACAUAGUCGAUAGAGACAAUAGGAGCGCCUAUGAGCACGCUUUAGCCAUGCCUUUUCCCUUCAUCAGCGAGGACCGAUACAAGCGCUGCGCUAAGAUGCUAGCUCCUGCGGAAACACAUAAAAGUAAAUGA